UUCUGUACUUCAUGUGUCAAUUUUCCGGCUUCAUUUUUUUAAGUUCAGAUUAUUUCCUAUAUGUAACAGUAGUACUAAGCAAUAAAUAAAUCAGGGUAAAUGUUAUCGAUAGAUAUCAUUCUUUAUUUACAGCCUUAUCAUAUAUUUCCUUUAUUUAAAUAAGGAUUAAGGAAGUCUAGUAAUUUUAGUAAUGAAUGUGAACUUCCAGUGUAGAAGAUGAAAUCUUUAACGUUUUGUUUAAUUUUAUCAAUAGUGAAUCAAGCUUGGUCGAUUGAGAAAGAAUUGACCGUUUUUAUAGAAGCGGGGGUAGAUUUUUGUUUCCAUGAAGCAGUUAAAAAAGGUGAAAUAUUAGACAUCGAAUAUCAAGUUAUUGAUGGUGGACAUGGUGAUUUAGAUAUAAAUUUCCGUUUCGUUCAUCCAUCGGGAAGGAUAUUGUUAACCGACUACAAGAAAUCAGAAAAUAAUCAUAGAAUCGAUGUCGUUAUGGAUGGAGACUACAGAUUUUGUUUUGAUAAUUCUUUUAGUUCAUACAAUACGAAGACUGUAUUUUUUGAAUUGGUUGUAGAAAGAGACGAUAAUAGUGAAUGGAGUGACAAUAGCGUCAAUUUUAAUACCCAGGAUGAAGAUUUUGAGUCAAAAAUAUACAAUGCACAAGAAAUACUCAAUAAUAUUAAAAACCACUUGAGUAAAGUUCGCAGUUUACAAGAUUUAAUAAAAUCUACUGAAGCCAGAGAUAGAAACGUAGCCGAAGAAAACUUCUUUAAAGUUAAUACAUUUUCUUUGGUUCAGUUAUCGCUAAUGCUGGUUGUUGGAUUCAUUCAAGUUGUUAUGGUUAAAAGUCUUUUUGAUGAUCGUUCUAGAGUUCAUAAAAUAUGGAAAAACUUGGAUCGGGGUAAACAUUCAUAUUAGAAUAACAAAAUUUUUUUGUGCCAUUAAGUGUGAUGAAACAGUAAAAUUUAAGUAAUGAGUUACUUGAAGUAUUUAAGGUUUUCCACUAAUUUUGUAAUAUUUGCUAUAAACCAAAAAUAAAAAGACUGCUACACAAAAUUUAUUUCAUAUCUUGGAGGUGAAUGGUCAACUACAUGUAAAUUUAAACUUUUAUCAUAAACUUAAUUGACUGUUUGCCCAAUAUAGAAAAAUUUGUUGCCAUGAUGGAUUAACAUGGAAGAUGAUGUAUAAAUAUUUAAAGUACUAGUCAUUGUGUUAUGUAACAUUAACUUCCUUUGAGUCUAUUUUUAAUUUCAAAUACUGUUACUUUUAAAUUUAAUUAAAAUUGAGUUUUACAUUUUAAAGGAAUAAAUAACAAUCUAUGUUUCCAACUGUGUAUUUAUAAGAAAUUUUAAUAAACUUUUUCGCAAUAAA